AUGCCUGCCCCAGAAGUCAACCAGCCAAAGGCCCAGGCGAUGGAUGUUCCGUCUGCUCAGGCAAUCCAGGAACAGCCUAAACCAGUUGGGAAGAUGACCGUCGAGGAGCCUGUUGUUGCGCCGGUUUCGCUUGCUUUGAGUGCCUCAACUGCUGCUGCUAGGCGCAUUGAUUAUGUUGGGAUGAGACGGGACGGAUACCCCUCUGAUAUACCCGAGGUGGAAGUUUGA